ACCUCACAAUGAAGUUACUAAAGCAGCCUGUCUUCCUCAAGGUAUACAGAACGAGCUUGUAUGAGCAGGUUUUUGGAUAUCCUUUCUAUAAACGCUGUUUGGAGAUGAAAGGAUACCGCAACAGGUUCAAAGGCAGUAUACAACCUCCAUUGGAGGUUUUUACCAUCUUCCCUCCAAUUGAUAAGGUCACAAGAGUAGGUAGUAUACAGAACAUUCAAAGUAGGCCAUGCAAAAACAAGCUUACCAUCGAGAGUACUAGAGAAGAACAUAGCAGUAAACAUAGAGCCAGUAAUUCUGAUAGCCAUGUAGCACAGAGCGAAACUCAGCAUUACUUACUUGGAACCCAAGCCUCGGAACGCUCACGGAAGAAAGCGUUACGUGGACGAGAAAGAGGAAGGGGGAAGGGUAAACGUAAGAGUCGCCAGCCGAAGGCAUCAGCCGUAGAAGAGUGUCAUGCAAUGACAGAUGCUCCAGGCUUCUAUUACUUCAUCCAGAUGAAAAAGGAUGCUGUUUUGUACUGUGGCAGUGAGGCUCUAUUAAAGAAAAAGAAUCACAUGGUACGGGAAUUGAAUGCAGAUGAUAACGAAGGAAUUUGUAAACUAUUCGUUGCAAUUUUUGAUCAAGAUCUGAGCCAAACAUAUGAAAGUGGCAAAGGGAAUGCUGUCAUUGGUCAUAAAUAUGUAACGGAGCAGGUACAAAAAAUAAUCAGUGAGAAACAGGAGAACAUUUUCGCCCCCUUCAGGAAACUCGUCAACAAUUUCAAGAGGUGUAAACCACAUCGACUAGUGGAUAAGUACACAUGUGAAAGCGUCAGCGAUGACACUGCCAUUGAAGACAUGAUGAAUUUAUCCAUAGAGGAAGAAGAGCACAAGAAACGUAAAAGAUCAAGUGAUUCCUGGAAUGACAACUAUGCACCUAGCUGCAAGAGAAAUAAAGACCAUAGAAACCAUGUCUUCGUGGAAAGCUUAAGUCAACCAGUACCGACUGACUGGGAGCAGGAAUCUAAAAGAACAAAUAAUGGUCUACAAACGUGCACAGAGAUCCCAGACACAUCAUUUGCAGCAAAAUUAUUGGUAGAUUUGUCAGACGAUGAUCAGACAUACGAUGGUUCAGUGUCGGGAGCAAGUCAGUGCAAUUCUGCAAGGCCAACGGCAGGUGACAAACAAGACCAUGCGUCACAGAAUCAACUAACUGUGCUGCUAAGCAUGCAUACCCCGCCAAGCAAGGUUUCUUCUUUUGUACAAGCUGUUACUCAUAGAGUCAUCCCCAUUGAACUGUUUGGGUCAAAAGGUAACAAGAGACGAUUCCAAAAGAUUGUGACAAAAUUUGUUCGAUUGAAAAGGAAGGAGACUAUGGCACUUGGUGACUUAAUGCAGGGAUUUAAGGUGAGCGACUGCGAAUGGCUUAAGACUGUACAAUCACGAGCACUGCAAGAGGCACUGGCUGCUAGGUUAUUGUGGUGGUUGUUAUACAAUGUGGUUAUGUUGACUCUCAAGGCUUGCUUCUACAUCACUGAGCAUGCAGCUACCAAAGGUGCUCUCUACUACUACAGGUCACAUAUCUGGAACAAGAUUCAUGCUCUGAGUCUGGAGAGUCAUGGUUGUAACAUUGAGGAGAUACCAGAGCAGGAAGCUUUGCAUGAUGUCAAAUGUGGAAGAAGUAUUGGACUCAUCCACCUCAGGUUUAUUCCAAAGAAAACGACAGUUCGUCCUAUCAGUAGUUGUAGUGUGGCACCACCACCAGGUGGUAAAUACACGAAACCCAUCAACCAAGAGCUCACCCAUGCCAAAGCUGUACUCGAAUAUGAAAUCGUAAAUGGUGAUGGGAAGACCAAGUUUGGCGUGAGAGGCUCUCAUGACAUUUAUGAAGGUUGGAAGUGUUUCAAACUCUGCCGUGAAAAAAGGGGGGAUAACGGUCCCCUUUAUUUCGUAAAGCUUGACAUUGAGAAGUGCUAUGAUUCGAUACUAGUACCAAAACUAAGAUCUAUACUUUACAAGAUUUUCAAGGGCAAAAGCUACUCGAUCUCUAACUCAUGUGAAAUGAAACUGCGUGCGCAGACGCCUGCACUCAUGUUCAAAAAGGAGUGCUAUUUGACAUCAGAUAUGACAGCUGAGACGAGCAUUAUCAACAUCAUAGCAGAAAAAGAGAUGUAUUAUAAUGCCCAUGACACUGUUUAUGGACAGAAAUGCAGAAAAAAAUACUACAGGCAGACGAGAGGCAUCUGCCAGGGCUCAAAUAUCUCUAGUGCACUCUGUGAAAUCUAUUAUGGUGACAUGGAGAGCAACUGUUUCAAUUGGGGAGCUUGCAGUGAAGAUCUUCUGAUGCGCAGGGCUGACGAUUUUCUAUACGUGACCGAGUCUAGAUAUGAUGCUGUGAUGUUUCUUAAAUUGAUGCUAGAGGGAAUACCCGAGUACAACUGCAAUAUAUCGAAGGAAAAGGUGCUGUUGAACUUUCGAUACACACACGAGACAAUGGGGCAAAUGCCAUUUACAGACCGUGAGGGACUUAUGCCUUACUGUGGGGUCGUCAUUGAUAUGGAAACGCUUGAUUUACGACUCAACCUGAAAGAAAGUACAUAUGAGGAGGCAUAUAACAGCACUACAUUUAAACCGCACAAGAAUGCUGGCUUGGAAUUCAAGAAAAAAAUGUUUAUGCAGUUGGCAUUGAAGGUAACUCCUCUCACAUUAGACGUGGCCAUGCACCAUUCUAUGGAAGCUUACAUCAGCAAUCUGUACCGGCUGCUGCUCUUCAUCCACCAGCGCUUCUACGUCUACACACGGCAACUGCGCGUGAAACCAGCAGCGAACCCAAAGUUCUACCAUAGGGUGAUACUGCAGUUGGCAACUCAGAUACAUAGACUGGGCGUGAGAGCUGUGAAGAGGAUACCUUGGCAGAGUGAGCCGGUGGAGUUCCCUGUGUGUCUGAGCUAUAUAACAUGGUUAAUCUGCUAUGUAUUUCUUGGCCGAGGAAAGUUCAGCAGCCUGCAGAAACUGUUGAAUAAAAGCUUAAGAAAAGUGGAGUCUACGCUUACAGUUACGGAGAUUGUGCUACUCAAGUCUGUAAUUAUUGGUUUUAACCAACCCUAAGGUUCCCUGAUACAAAACCACUAGGUGACUACAAUUCUGUAGGUCAUUAAUAGAAUCAUUCACUAGGGAAACGUAAUUUUUUGUAUAUCGUAUAGCUCAUUCAGUUUAUCUACAAAUAUUUAAAAAGCAAGUGAAUAUACAUGCAGUAUGUAUGUUUUUGAGUCGUUAUUUUGAGAUGUCUUUACAGUACCGCUAAUAUAACGUGUUUCACAUACGCUACAUAUUCAGUAUAGAAGAUCAAGGGAAAAGCCAAUGUUAAGUUAAUAUUUGAAUCAAUGACCAAGUUCAGGUCAGACCAGUUUUUCCAGGACACAAUAAGGGAAAAUGUAGCACAAGUUUGAGCAUGGACUUUGUGAUGGGUUCAGAGGACAGGAAAAUUGCAUGUUACAUUUUUUCUGAUGUAGUAUAUGGAUUAUGUGAGUUACUUUUCAGUUGUCAUUAUAUUUCUUUGUGAUGUUACUCUCAGGAUCUAUAUAAUUAUGUAAAACAAGAAAUAAGUGAUAUUACUUUAUUAAAACUAGUAUAAAAUGUAAUUGAUACUAAUAGGCAAGGAUAGAAGCGAGUCCAGUGACUCUUGUGGCCCUCAGGAAACGUGCAGAAGUAUGAUUUGUUGCUCAUUAUAUAGUAAUAAUUGUCUAGUCUAUAGUUUCGUGUCUAGGAAUAGAACCAACAGUUUAAAAGCAAAUGCAUGUUCAAUGAUGUUUUCUAUUUGUGCAUAAUACAGUUGAUUUUAUGUGGAUCGCAUAUUUUAGGGUCCUGCUUCUAUUAGAAUUCACAGAAAUGAGAGAUGUUUAGUGUAGUUAUAAUAUUAAGCAGCUGCUGCACCGCUGCUUUGUAGGUAGUUGUUUGAUGUUUCACCGUAUUUUUAGUAGUUAGUCACCAUUAGUCCUGAUAGUUCAUAGUAUUACUGAAUGAAGGGAGUUGUCACGGUAUGUUAUUUAUCAAUAUUACUGGAGUUUCUGGUCUCCCCUUUCUGCUCUUUAUAUGUUCAACUAUAUUGAUUUUGUUUGUUUGUUGACCUCGUUGUAGUUGUUGGAAGGAAUUACAUUAUUAUUAUUAUUACUAUUCCAGCAGUACUCACAAACUUUAAACACAAUGUACUUGCUUCAUAGAAUGUGUCAUAUGCAUACAAGUGUGUAAGAUAACAGUUUAUAGUAAUAAUAACAUUAAACAGCUGUAUUUUGUUCUUUACA